AUGCGCGCCAUAAUCGCGGUACCGUGCAUUGUCGCGCUCGUCCUUCGAGCAUACACCCGCAAAUCCCUCACGAUCAUAGGCUGCCUAGUCGCAGGCCUAACUGCGAGCAUCCACGCCCUUCAUCCGUCAGCAAUCCCCUUCACUCUACUAGGCACGUUCUUCCUCCUCGGCACAUCCGCAACCAAGGUCAAACACGAUAUCAAAGCGACCCUCACACAGUCCAGUAGCGGCAGCUCCGGCGGCGAUGGACCACGCACGAGCGUACAAGUCGUUGCCAACAGCGGCUGUGCAACCCUCUUGAUCCUGAUACACGUAUGGCUCUAUGGUCUCGGUAACACCACCGCACCGCAAUGUUUUGGGGGAGGUACAACAGCAGACAUUCUCCUCAUGGGCAUAAUGGCCAACUACGCCGCAGUAGCAGCGGACACAUUCUCAAGUGAACUGGGGAUCCUGUCAAAAAGCAAACCCGUGCUCAUCACGAGUUUACGCACCGUCCCUCCAGGUACCAAUGGCGGUGUCACUCUUGCGGGCCUGUUGGCCGGUGUGGGAGGGAGUGCCGCCAUGGCAGUAACGAGUCUAUUGCUGCUUAAAUUCUGCGGGGCUGGUCAGAGCGGACGUAUACAAACAUUUCUCUUGCUCACUGCUCUCGGCACUGCGGGUACGCUGCUCGACAGUCUUCUUGGGGCGGUCCUGCAGGCGUCAGUGGUGGACCGGCGGACGGGCAAGGUUGUCGAAGGUCUCGGAGGUGCCAAAGUCUUGACGAAACCUCGCCAGCCGCAACAUGGAGCCGAGGAUGCUGGUAGCAAAGGCCACGAAACUCGUGUCAUCAAUUCCGGAAAAGACGUCCUGGACAACAACCAGAUCAAUCUUCUUAUGGCCUCAAUCAUGACUAUAUGCGGCAUGGUCGUAGGCCAGCUGGUACUGAUGUAA